UUUAACAUUCAAGUUUAACUUUCACUUUUUUCGUCUUUGUAUCAAGUAAUCAACACAAAACUUUUCGAUUGUUUUGAUUUUUUAUAAUAACAUUAUCAUUCAGUUAUCAACUCCAAGUUUUUUGCCUGAUUUCAACAGCAGCUAAACAGGGUUAAAGAUAGACGAAACAAUGACAACAAUGUCUAAAUCUCAGGUAGAGACUCAACUAAAUGUGGAAAAUCCAAAUCCAAAUGGAGUUAAUAAUAAAUUUGAAACCAUCAAGAGUAAUGGUGAAAGUUACUCGGAGUGUGAAGUAAAAAACGCAAAAAAUAACACAGACUAUGCCAAGUCCAAUUCAUCAUCUUUACCUACUGGCGUUUUAAUUACCAAUGGAUCAAGAAGUAUGAACAGUAACAAUGAAACAACUGUACCAUCAGAAUCAACGGCUGAAAACAAGACAAAUGGACUUCGAUGUUUUUUCAAUUUCAUUGUCUACGAAAUCAAAUGGAUGAGUGUUAUCUUUGAGCUUUCCCUUGCUCUGGGUUUCUUUUACAUAGCGCCAAUCUCAAUUUACCGUUUCUUUGCUGAGUUCUGGACACCUUCUUGGUGGGUAAUGGUUGCCACUUGGACUUGGGCUUUUACUUUAACUACUUGUGGAGGAAUCGGUCUAAGUGUCGGAGCUCAUCGAUUAUGGAGUCACCAUGCUUUCAAAGCGAAAUGGCCACUCAAGCUUAUGCUGACUCUUAUGUAUACCAUGGCAGCUGAGGAUUCUGUUUAUCAUUAUGUCAAGCAUCAUCGAGCUCAUCACAAAUACUUGGAUACAAAUGGAGAUCCACAAAAUAUCAAGCGUGGUUUCUGGUAUGCUCAAGCUGGAUAUCGGAUUUUGAAACUUCACCCAGAAUAUCGAGAAAAAGUCAAGAACAUCAGUUAUACUGAUAUGCAUCAAGAUCCAUUUGUUAUGUUCCAACACAAAUAUUAUGUUCCGCUGGUUAUUUUGGUUGCUUUUGCAUUUCCAGUAUCUGUUCCUGUAUUCAUUUGGAAUGAAACUUUACUGAAUUCUUUCUUGAUUGCUGGUUGCUCAAAGUCGUUCCUUGUUAUCCAUAUGCACGGUCUUGUUGGAAGUAUCUGCCACACUGUUGGCAAAAGACCGUACAACAAACGGAUCUCUGCCGCUGAUAAUGGAUUCAUGCAGAUAAUUACUGCUGGAGAAGCUUAUCAUAAUUUUCAUCAUACCUUUCCAUAUGAUUAUUCAAUCAGCGAAUUGGGCAAAACUUUUAACACCUCCAAAAUAUUUAUCGAUAUUAUGGCCUGGCUUGGUCUUGCUUACGAUUUAAGGCUGGCUGGGGAAGAGUUUAUCAAAAAAACUAAAUUGAAGGCAGCUGAAGAAAACCCAAUCUGUUAUACAUGGAUUUAAUUUUUGAUUGCCAGGACUUCGAAAUUUCUUUGUAAUAACUCAUUAUUUAGUACGAAUUUUAUCUAAGCUCAGACCAAUAAUCAUCUUAGACCUGAGCGCAAAGAGUAUAUUUUUUCAUCAGUUAUUGAAGCAACGAGUUGAAUCAAAACAAAUCCUUCUAAAUUAACCUGACAAUCAAACCAUUAGCCUGAGUUGGUUAACGUGAAUGGAUCUUUUUUUCAUAUUAUCUUCAUGAUCAUGCCUUGUUAUUGUAAAUUCCCACCUCGAUUCAGUUACAUUUGGCUCUAAAUGUAAUUAUUAACAACCUUAUUUCUACGUUGAUUUCAUUUUAAAUGCUUUGGAAAUAUUUUUUCAUAUUA